ACUGGUGGUGAUGACAAUCCUCCCUUGACCUUUAAUAUAACAAAAGAGGAUUUUAGUAUAUUUUUGCUACAUCCUUGUUUUUUAAUAUUGGGGUUCUUGUUCAGGUUUAAGUACUUUUGGGGUGAUGGAAUUUCACGAGCUUUGAUAACUAUGGUUUACAGUGGAGAUUAGAACCUGGAAAACCGUUUGGGCAAUUGCGAUGGUUCAAGUUCUGAUGGGGCUCGGGCCGGAUGAUAUUCCGGAAAAGGGUCAGGUUUGCUGUUGAAAGCCCCUGCCAUAAAUAACCCAAAUUUAGAAAGACAAAAAGGCCGGCAAGAUGAAUCGCUGACCAAGUGGCCCUACAGAAGAACACAAUGCACGUGACAUGCUGAUGUAACAUUAAUUAUUUAUCAAUUAUUAUUAUUAUAAUUAUAUAUUUCCACUUCCGAAGCGCAGACGGUGCCCUAUCAUCUGUUCUGCUCCGACCUUUUUAGUUGUUCUGCAAAUCAACUCCCUUUUUUUUUAUUCUUGCAGGUUUCCAUCACUUUCCUUAGAAAAUAAAAAGAAAUAAAAGUUUCCCUCAUUACAAACAGAAUGAAACCGACAGCCCCGAUAACCAGUACUACAACCGCCACGGCAGCUUCAACGACAACGAUUGAUAUCCUUAAAACCCCAAAGUUCGUUAAAUAUACGGCCAUUGCCGUCCUAUCUGUUUCCCUCGUUUUCCUUGCCACUCACUUCUCCUCCUCUUCCUCCUCUUCUUUCUCUUCCUUCUCCUUCAAUUACUCCUCACUACUAUCGCAAUUGUCGCCUCCGCUUUCACCUCCUCCACCGCCACCUCUACCACCUCCUCCUCCUCCUCCACCGCCUCCCCCGGCGGUGCGAAGAACGGGGAUAAUCGAUGAAACGGGAGCAAUGUCGGAUGAAUUCUUUGUCAGAUAGUCAGACUCGAACUCCACGAAUGCUUUUACAGAGUUCGGUGAUGGCAACGAGGAAGGAAUAGAGGAAGAAAAGGAAAAUAAGAAUAAGAAUGAUGGUGAAGGUAGGGUUACGAUUGAGAAAUUUAAGGUAUGUGAGGAGAGUAAAGUUGACUAUAUACCUUGUUUAGAUAAUGAGGAAGCAAUUACGCUGUUCAAUGAGAGUGAAAAGGGGGAAAAAUAUGAGAGGCAUUGUCCUGGAAAAGAUAAAAUGUUGGGUUGUGUGAUUCCUAGGCCGGAAGGGUACCGGAGGCCUAUACUGUGGCCUCAGAGUCGUGAUGAGGUUUGGUUCAGCAAUGUACCACAUACUCGUUUGGUUCAAGAUAAAGGUGGGCAAAAUUGGAUAUCAAUAAAAAAAGAUAAGUUCAUUUUUCCAGGAGGUGGAACACAAUUUAUUCAUGGUGCUGAUCAAUAUUUGAAUCAGAUUUCACAGAUGGUUCCUGAAAUUUCUUUUGGCCACCAUAUCCGUGUUGCGUUAGAUAUUGGUUGUGGAGUUGCCAGCUUUGGUGCCUUUCUUCUAAAACGCAAUGUCACCACACUAUCAAUAGCACCGAAAGAUGUUCAUGAAAGCCAAAUUCAAUUUGCACUAGAACGUGGAGUGCCUGCCAUGGUUGCGGGAUUUGCUACACAUCGCUUGUUGUAUCCAAGUCAGGCUUUUGACUUGAUACAUUGUUCAAGAUGUAGAAUUAAUUGGACUCGUGAAGAUGGAAUUUUGCUUCUCGAGGCCAACAGGAUGCUUAGGGCUGGAGGAUUUUUUGUAUGGGCGGCGCAGCCCGUAUAUAAACAUGAAGAGAUUCUACAAGAGCAAUGGAAAGAAAUGGAUGAUCUUACUACUCGCAUUUGCUUGGAACUAAUAAAGAAGGAGGGAUAUAUUGCCAUAUGGCGGAAGCCUUUAAACAAUAGCUGCUAUCUUAAUCGCGAUAUCGGAGUGCUACCUCCACUCUGUGAUCGUGAUGAUAAUUCAGACAAUGUUUGGGAUGUUGAUUUGAGGGCCUGCAUCACUCAAUUGCCAGUGAAUGGCUAUGGCUCUAAUGUUAGCUUAUGGCCUGUACGUCUUCGUUAUCCACCUGACAGGCUCCAAAGCAUAGAAAUGGAUGCCUACAUAUCCAGAAAGGAAAUCUUUAGAGCAGAGUCAAAAUACUGGAACGAGAUAAUAGACAGUUAUGUACGUGCAUUUCGCUGGAAAGAUAUGAAACUACGUAAUGUGAUGGACAUGAGAGCUGGACUUGGAGGGUGUGAGCCAUUUGAUACUUAUCCAAGAACAUAUGACCUAUUGCAUGCAGCAGGUCUUUUCUCUGUUGAGAAGAAGAGGUGUAAUAUGUCAACCAUCAUGCUUGAGAUGGAUCGUAUGCUGAGACCUGGUGGACUUGUAUAUAUACGGGACUUGGUAUCUGUUAUGGGUGAGCUUCAAGAAAUAGCAACUGCAAUGGGAUGGGUGCCUGCACUACACGAAACAGGUGAAGGUCCACAUGCAAGCUGGAAAAUUUUAAUCUCUGAGAAACGCAUGUAAUGUGCUUAUUGGAUGAAUAUCAGUGAAAACAAGUUUUACCAUACCAGUGUAUCUUGCCCACCUUUUAGAUAUAUGAAAUCUCCCAUAAAAGAAGCUGCAACUCAGUCUACAUAAUUCUGUGUAAUCUUUUGUUUUAUUUUAGUACCUAGGACAUUGAUAGGAUGAUACUGCUUUUGGAUAGAACCUGUGUAGAAGAAUUUUUUUACCCCUUCUGCAUUCUAAAUGCGAUUUGUACAUUACAAAAUUUGCCAUUGAGUAAAUCUGUGUUGAAAUUGUCACUGCAACCUUUUAUCUCCUUACUGGUCCUAAUAUUCCAUGCACUCCCUCUCUAGUCUCUGCCCUCCUCUUUGGUUCUUGUUCCCCUUUCUAACACCAUUUCCAGGCCAACUCAGAGAGUAACUUAGGUUUUGGACGAUUUGUUUGGCGAUUA